CUUUGUCCGUACAUUUCCGUAUGAUGUUUAGAAGCCAAAUGAAAAUGAAUUCAUUGGAUUCUCGAAAUCUGAUGCGUUAAGACAACUUACUAAGUUUGUCCUAGUUGUGUCGAAGAAAAAGCCGAAACAUUUAAACACCAAUCUCAACAAAUGUCUCCAGCCAUGAACUGUUCCAUUACUCUGGUGGUUUCCUUGCUGGCUAUGAUGGUGCUCACCAAUGCACAGUAUUUCGACAGUUUGGAAGUGGAAACUCGCGAUAAUCCCACUGCCUACUUGAGAGAGAAACGUCAGGUUGCAGUCGUCCCACAGAUUGUGUCCAAUGUAGCGCCACCGAAUCCUUUAGAUCCAUCUUCCGGAUGCUUCUGGAGUGGAACUGCUCCAUUUUGUAGUCCAGCAUGCGGCAAGACUUAUCAGGAAACUUUGACGGACAAGAGAGGAAAUGGGAAAAGAUGUUGGACAGGAUUUAAAAAACUUUGUUGUCCAUUGCCGACCGGUACGGUUAAGAUUUUCGGCUAACUUUCUGUUUUCGAAAUCGAAUAAACUCACGGUAAAACAAACAAGUGUUUUAACGUGAGCAUACCGGUAUAUGUCUUUUAUACAAAGUACUGGUAUUUUUAUAUUUCAACAUCAAUCUUUUUCCUCAUUCAAUAUUUCUUAUCCACCAUGUAGGCUAAUCCUUGAAGCCCAUAAGUAGUUUAGCAUCCUCUGUGUUCUCUCCAUUCUAUAGCAAUAUACACUGUCUUCUAAUUGUUAGACAUCAUUUCAAAAUUCACAAAUUUUUCCCCUUUUGUGUAUUACUCUACUUCUGAAAAUACAUCUCUUUUUGCAACAUC